UUUGAAGGUUUCCUCAUUACCAUGCCGCCGUGACGUCACCAUGCGUGCUGAAUACCGGUGUCCGUAUUACAACGGAUGUCAACAAACUAGCGAUUUCAACGAAAACAUUUUUUAUUUUCCAUGAAAUACUACAUAAGUGACGACUAAACGGCUACUAUGCCUUACCUUGGCGGAGAGCAUACAGUGAGGGAGCUGAGGAGAGCUCUGUCCAACCCUAACGUCCAAGCUGACCACCUACGCUACAGAAACACCAUCCACAGAGUCAUCAGAGUGAUGUCUCAAGGACAAGAUGUGUCUGGGUUGUACAGUGAGAUGGUGAAGGCAUGUGCAACGGUGGAUAUUGUCCAGAAGAAACUGGUGUAUGUGUUUCUGUGUGCCUAUGCCAGUCUGAACCCUGAGCUGUCUCUGCUGGUAAUAAACACCCUGAGGAAAGACUGCUUGGAUCACAACCCCAUGGUCCGCAGCCUGGCCCUACGUAACAUGUGCAACCUCAGGCUCCCAGGUCUAUUACAGUAUGUGCAGCAGCCUCUUACAGUGGGACUGAAGGACAAGGCGACGUGUGUUCGGAGAGUGGCUGUACUGGGCUGGGCCAAGAUACACACAUUACAACCUAACACAGAGAUAGAUGUGGCUGUAGUGAAUGAGUUGUAUGGGUUGCUAAGGGACCCAGACCCCAUCGUCAUGGUGAACUGUCUCCGGGCACUGGAGGAGAUUCUACAGGAAGAAGGGGGCGUGGCUAUCAACAAACCCAUUGCUCACCACCUCCUCAACAGACUGAAGCUAUGUGAUGUGUGGGGCCAGUCUGAGGUGCUAGCGGUGCUCCAGCGGUAUCAGCCUCGCAGCGAAGACGAGCUGUUCGACAUACUAUCUCUGUUAGACCCCGCCCUUCUCUCUCACCACGCCCCCGUCAUGGCCGCCACGCUCCGCCUCUUCCUGUCCCUGUGUUCCACGCUGCCCGCCGUGUGUAUGUCGGCACUUGAGAGAGCACGGGGCCCCCUCCUGGCUGCAGCGGGCAGCGCCUCCCGGGAACUACGCUAUGCAGCGCUAUGUCACAUCCAGCUGCUGCUCCGUUCUGAGCCUGGUCUGAUGGGGGAACACUACAAGCGCUUCUUCUGCGGCUAUGCUGAACCUCCUUACAUCAAACAGAACAAGAUGCAGGUGCUGGUUGAGUUGGUGAAUGACGACAACGUGGCGAUGGUUCUGGACGAGCUGAGAGGAUACUGUACUGACGUCGACACUGAGACCUCACAGACUGCCAUCAACGCUAUAGGUAGUAUCGGGAGGAGUUACACUGACCGGUGUCUGGUCAUUCUCACAGGACUACUGGGACUGCAGCAAGAACACAUCUCCUCUGCCGUGCUCCAGACUCUGAGGGACUUGGUGUGGGUCUGUCCUCAGUGUGGAGACGCAGUGUGUUCAGCUCUGGAAGGAUGGGAGGACAAGCUACAGGACAGCCAGGGUUGUGGGGCCUUGCUGUGGCUGCUGGGUGUCUACGGGGACAGGGUGAGUGGCGCCCCCUAUCUGCUGGAGGACUGUAUAGACGGGGUGAGGAGUGAGGUGUCAGCGGAGGUGAAGACAGAGCUGCUCACUGCAACGCUACGGCUGUUCCUGUCCAGACCUGCUGAGACUCAGGACAUGAUGGGACGCCUGCUGGUCUACUGUAUAGAAGAGGAAGUGGACAUGUGUGUGCGUGACCAGGCCCUGCUGUACUACCGGCUGUUGCAUUGUGGGAUCGAGGAGGUCCGUCGGGUCCUCCAGGGUGGGCGACGGUCAGACCCCUCUCUGGGGCCUCUGAUUGGACGGCCCCCUGAGCCCAUCAGCCAAUGGGCAUCCAGCUUCAAUACCUUGGAGCCUCUAACCCUCGGAGCCUCUACUGUGGGGAACUCUGACCCCGCCACUCCCAAACCCUCCACUCUGACCCCCAACACCAUGACCUCUACACCAGGAGACCCCCACCUUCCAGACUGCAGUAGUGGAGCUCUGAGUCUGUCUGUGUCUCCAGCUCUGAUCCCUGAAGAGUUCGAACGUCUGUGGCUGCAGCUGGAGAAGGGGGCGUGUCUGGAGGUGUUUGUGGCGUGUCCUGUUCCCCGCUGUUCCCCGGAGAGCCUGCAGGUGGCGCUACAGCUGGUCAACAUACAGACGCUGGCUUUCACCCCCCCAAACACACACCCCUGGAGAGUGUACCUCUACACACACACCUCACACUUCUCUACAAAGACACCACACACACUCAUACUGGCAGAACUACUACACACUGGAGGAGAGGGAGAGAAGGAGGGAGAGAAGGAGGGGAGGGAGGAAGAGUGGGGGGGUGAUACCCCAGGGAACACUCAAAAGGAGUUUGUGGAAGAGGUCAAGAAGGUGUUUGAUGCCCCGUUCUCCGGGAGAGAGGCUGCCCAGAAGCUACUCCAGCUUCGGGAGGACUCCCGCAGUGUGACAGACUAUGCAAUGGAUUUCUGCAUGUUGGCAGCUGAGAAUGCCUGGAACCAGGAAGCGCUGUUCGACAUGUUCCUACACGGAGUAUCGGAGUAG